CCGCCACCAGGCCGUCCUUCCUCCCUCCUCCAAACCUCUCAUCUGCUUUCGGCUAUAUAUGAGCGCUCUGGCCACUCCUCUUGUUCCAUCUUUCUAUCUAUCUUACAUUCAAGCUCAUAAUAAUAAUCAGAAUUCAGCACAAAGAAUCAAUAAUCCGGCCACUAAUAAUUAUUUCAGAUAUGAAGUUCCUGUUUGUCCCGCCGGUGAUCUCAUCAUCACUAGCGCUAAUCCUACUGAUGACCUCCGUCAUACUGCCAGCCUCCGCCGCCGGCAACUUCUACGAGGACACGCAGCCAACCUACGGCGGAGACGAACGCGUGAAGGUCCUGGAAGGCGGGCGCCUACUCAACCUGACCUUGGACCACUCCUCCGGCUCUGGNUUCCUCGAUUCUUCAUACAAUUGCAGCUAUAAAUAUAUGCGCUUAAUUAGGCCACUUCUCUAUCUUAUUCAAUUAACCCAUCUAUCUUACUAAUAAUAAUCAGAAUUCAGCACAAAGAAUCAAUAAUCCGGCCACUAAUAAUUAUUUCAGAUAUGAAGUUCCUGUUUGUCCCGCCGGUGAUCUCAUCAUCACUAGCGCUAAUCCUACUGAUGACCUCCGUCAUACUGCCAGCCUCCGCCGCCGGCAACUUCUACGAGGACACGCAGCCAACCUACGGCGGAGACGAACGCGUGAAGGUCCUGGAAGGCGGGCGCCUACUCAACCUGACCUUGGACCACUCCUCCGGCUCUGGCUUUCAAUCCAAGAGCGACUUUCUCUUCGGGAGAUUCGACGUCCGCCUCAAGCUCGUCCCCGGAAACUCCGCCGGCACCGUCACCACCUUUUACUUGUAUUCUCAAGGAGACGCACACGACGAGGUAGAUUUCGAGUUCUUGGGGAACUCGUCGGGACAGCCAUACACAAUCCACACAAAUGUUUACUCCCAAGGGAAAGGGGACAAAGAGCAGCGCUUCCAGCCAUGGUUCGACCCCACCGCCGCCUUCCACAACUACUCCAUUGUCUGGAAUCCUCACCGCAUCAUAUUCAUGAUCGACAACAUUCCCAUAAGAGUGUUCGGGAACAACGAAGCGAUAGGCGUCCCGUUUCCGAAGAACCAGCCGAUGAAGGUCAUAGCCAGUCUGUGGAACGCAGACGACUGGGCGACGCAGGGCGGGCGGGUGAAGACCGACUGGAGCAAUGCUCCGUUCACGGCCUCAUACAGGGACUUCAACGCCAACGGCUGUGUGUGGUCAGCCAGGACGUCCACCUCCUCUUGCACCAUGGCAGCAGCAACAACGGGCGGGCAGGGGGGCGCCGGCCAGUCUGCGCAGGAUUGGCAGACUCAAGAUCUCGACGCCAGAGCGAGGAACAGACUCCGUUGGGUGCAAAGCAAGUUUAUGAUUUACAAUUACUGCUCCGAUCUUGCCAGGUUCCCCCAGGGCCUCCCUCCCGAAUGCAAGCGCCAGAGGCUCUAAUUCUUGAUCGAAUUAUAUACUCAUCAUCUCAUCAGAGCCACUUACGUUAUCUCUUUGGGAGAUUUCAAUCUAUCCACCAUCAUCUGGCCUCUUUAUCACUACAACAAUAUUAGUACUUCCCUUGUUUAUUCUUAUCCCUGCUGUUCGUCAUUUAUUUGUAUAAAGUAGAAUCUAUAUAUAUUACGGAGAGUGAGUACGUACUAUUCUUUAUUCUUUUUGUAUUGUCGGUAUGUAUGUGUGGACCGAUAAUAAACAAACAAACGCAGUUAUGUUACAUACCCUAUUGCUCAGUAUU